ACUUGUUGUGGCUAGACGGCCACAACAACAACAGCGGUGGGGCGCUCGGUGAGGCACACGCGGCUUCGAAGCUUGAACUCUUCUGGCGGGUUGCGGCAUCGACGAAAACAAUUGGUCUACGUCAGUAAUAACCGGCUAGUAGUCCUACUUUGUGAAACGUACUUUGUAGACCAAGUCAUCUCAAGUUAUUAUUCCAUCUAUAAGGACCAUUCGCACCUUUCGAGCCUUCGCGAACGCAAUCAUGGUUAACACCGUCGACAUGCGUCGGUUCGCUCAGGUGCUGAUGGUAGCCCUCUUGCUACCAAAUGCUCCGCUGCCAGGCAACCCAAGCGGUAGCAUGGUGACCCUCGCAAGCGCCCAGGACACGCCCUCGCCGCCCCCAUUUCCUCCCACCCCGCCAUCACCUCCUGUUCCUCCGGCCCCUCCCGCCCAAUACUGCGCCUACGUCUGCCCUCCAUCGCCCCCUCCUCCAAGACCACCUCCCUCUCCGAAGCCGCCAUCUCCCCCUCCUUCACCUCCUCCCUCACCUUCACCUCCCCCUCCACCAAGCCCUCCACCACCUUCCCUCCCAAGUCCCCCCAAACCUCCUGCACCUCCUCCCUUACCUCCACCACCCCCUCCUCCAAGCCCUCCACCACCUUCCAUCCCAAGUCCGCCCAAACCUCCUUCGCCGCCACCCAGCCCUAUGCCUCCUUCUCCCUCGACCCCGUCUCCUCCUCAGCCGCCUUCCCCACCUCGCCCGCCCUCCCUUCCGCCGCCUGCUACUGCUUCAUCCCCGCCUCCUCCGCCUCCUUCCCCUCCGCUUCCUUCCCCUCCGCCUCCUUCCCCUCAGCCUCCUUCCCCUCAGCCUCCUUCCCCACCUCGCCCGCCCUCCCUUCCGCCGCCUCCUACUGUUUCAUCUUCCCCUCCGCCACUUCCUUCCCCACCUCGCCCGCCCUCCCUUCCUCCUCCACCCCCCCCACCACCAAGCCCUCCGCCGUCAAUUCCCCCGCCCCCAUCGCCCGCACCUCCUUCUCCUCUGCCUCCCUCUCCUGCUCCCCCGCCACAUCCCCCUUCCCCGCCCCCUUCUCCAUUCCCACCGUCGCCUGCUCCCUCACCCCCACCCUCACCAAGCCCUCCUCCCUCGCCGCCUCCAAAGCCUCCCUCACCCCCACCCCCACUGUGCCCGCUCGUCUGCUGGGACAUCUCCCCUGCCGUGUCCGGCCGUGCCUCCGCCGUCGGACCCGUCUCCUGCACCGUCUCCGGCUCCCCCGCCACCAAUUCCACAUCCGAUUCGCUCGGCAAGUUUAACCUGCCAACCAACAACGGCAGCGCCUUCCUGGUUUCAAGCUGCCUGGACACAGCCACGAGCGCUAGCUACCCUGACGGCCUGCUGCGGUCCGUCAUCCCACCCACCGCCAACUCCAGCCGCAUGGUCAUCGUAUCGCCUCUGUCGUCCGUUGCUUCAUUCAUCGCAGGACCCAGCGAGGUGUUGGGAAGCAGGAUGGCUCGCCUGGGAGCCAGCUUCGGGCUGCAGCUAGCAAACGACAUGGCCGAGCUGCCAGUGUAUGACUACCUGGCCGAAUCGCAGUCGGCGGAGUCUCCGGAAAAGAUCACCGCACGCGGCAUUCGUGUGGCGUUUGCGAACUACAUGGCGCUCGGCACGGCCACCAAUGCUGUGAACCUGUUCACGGGUCUGUACGGUUACAGCCAGAGUGACUCUGUUCGUGCUACGCUGAUUGGCUUGGCUUUUACAAAGUCCAUCACCACCCCUGUCGGCCUCCAAGCCGUGUUCGACAAGGCGUACGGCAUUCUAUCCGCUGCGGACUUCUACCGACGCAGCGCCCUGUCUACCACCCACAGCGCACGCAGCCUGCUAGGCACCGCCCCCAACGCCACCGCCGUCACACUCGCCCUGCUGGAGAGCCUCUACCAGGCCAACACCCUUAUUGCGGCCCAGCAGCAGCUGCUCACAAACAGCAGCAGCAACCCCACGGCGCUCACCGCCAAGCAGCUUGCGGACAUCCUGACGCAGGGAGGCAAGGCCGCAACGGUCGUAACCACCUCCAUGGCAAAAGCAACUGCCGAAAUGGCCAGCGGAGCUCUCAGCGUCAGCGCCUUCAGCGAAUCCUACACGGGCAGCGGACUGACCAACAAGAUUGCUGAGGUGGACUUCCCGAUCCUGGCGUACCAAAAGAAGAAGAAGUUCCCUCCUGGAGCCAUUGCGGGUGUGGUGGUGGGCGGUGUGGUGGCUGUGGCGCUGGUGGUGGGUCUCACGGUGUUCCUGGUGAGGAAGCGGCGUGAGGGUAAGGUGCUUGCUGAUGCACGGCCCGUCUAAGUGGCUUAACCUGUGCUGUGUUACGGGCUGCUGUGUCUUGCGAUACCGGCCUACAAUGUUCCAACUUGGUUUUGAUCUCUGCUGCUGAGGAUGACCGCUUGUGGAUUCAUGACCCGGUGCAUGCAUGCACUGACAGUUUUCACGGACGCUUCAUGGGCAUAUAUUCAUUUGACGAAGAUGAUGAGGAUAUUCAACACUUGCCCAUUGGUCCUCGCAUGUUUGGUACAUCAGGAGCUGCCGGGUACUGAGAUCAAUCUGAUUCGUGUGUUAAUCGUGAUGGUGGGUUUAAUACACGCCCUGCUGGAUUCGUGUUUCCCCAUAUGAAGAUAUUUACAUGCUUCGGUGCCUAGUCACCAGCGGAUGCUGUUUGAUUGCGUGGUGCUGUGCUGCUGUGGAGGUGCGCAGUGUUGUACCGGUGCCUGUCUUGCAGAACUUCUCAUGCCAUGCCUUGGAUCACACAGCCGUGUGUUUGUGUGGGGCCAUGGACCCAACGAUCGGGCGCCAUUGUACGCCAUACAUUCAUUUUUCGCGCGCGGCAAAUCGGCUUUGACUGCUCGAGAUGCACUAUGUAUAAUGCAGUAACAUGCAUUAUAGGAGAAGGACCUGGUAUCGGACUCGGCAUCGUGUUAUACUGCGAGUGUGGUUGCUUCCAUGCAAAUGCAUUGGAGAUGCUAUUGAUGUGGUGUGAGGGACUUACUCGUGGCGGCUGGCCUGAUGUGGGUGUUUGACGAAUGGCGAAUUGACCCGAAAUGAAACCGGUAUACGUAAUACGUACCUCUAUUUUUCGCGGAAAUGACCCGUUGCUGUACGGAUUCUACCAUUGCCGUACAUGUCCUCUCAUUGCUGUCGUACGUAUCCGAUACGGCACUUGCUGUACGGUGAUUGUCGUGGCGGACAAGACCUGCCUGUUAAACGUAUGACUAAUGUUGGCUGGUGUGGUGUGCUGAUGUGUGUUAUCACUGCCGUAUGAAAACGUGUGUGGUCUGCAUUAGAUGUGACGAUUAGUAUCUGACAGUCAGUACUCGUACUUUGCCCCGUUGUCGCAGAGUCCACGUAUAACCGCAAAGUUGGCGUUGGAGUUCGUAAUCUUGUCGCAGUAUGCUGAAGUCAGUAUAUUAUGUCGUAUGCGUCAUCCUCGGGCAGUACAGAGGAUGUUCUCAGUUGAGUGUCAAACACUUGUAGUACACAUUGUAGUUGGCGUGCGUUCCUUGCAGUCGUGGCAUGGCCCCUGUUGCAGUCGCGUUGUUCGGUAUUUCAGUUGUUACGGCAGCACCGCUAGCAUCUGAAUGAGCCGUACACCUUACACCCAGUUGAUUGUAUUGGGUAUAUCUUCCAAUAAACUUGUAACAGCCACCAAAACGCC